UAUUUUUGCAUUUUUCUUUUCUCAUUUUCAAUUGACUGGAAAUUAUUUAAAAGGUAUUUAAUUUAUUUAAAGGUAGAAUGGCGGGGUUUGUCGGGGGUUUUUUUUAUCAAAUGCCUGUUUAUUGUCCAAAGAUUCUGUACACAACCACAGAUUUUUUGUUUUAGUAGGUAUUUCAUAGAUCUCGCUAAAAAACGUCGACAAAUUUCUAAGAUUUUUGGAUACUUGCUGGUUGGAAAUAGCUUGUCGACUGAUACCAAAAUCAAUUAAAUUUGAUAAUCCUCGUCUCUCCCGCGAUCAUUAACGAAGCCGACAAUUUCAGAUUUUCACAGUGCACAGAAUCUUGGGACAAUUAAAACAGGCUUUUCAGAAAGAAUAAAUGUCUAGUUAACACUACUAAAAUUAUCUAAAGUUUAAAUACCAAUCUUUAAAAAUAUUUGCAAACAAAAAAAAAUUUGGCACAAAAUUGCGCCCUUUCAGGAGAGCGAUAAAUAUAUGGGAGGUUUAGGCUUAACAAUAACAUGCGCAAUCGGGGCAGGCGCACUUGGUUUGAGUGCAGCCACCCUCCCUUUUGUCCUUCCUGCUUUUCGACGUGUUUGUAUACCUUAUGUGCCGGCUACUGUUAAACAAAUCGAAAAUGUUGUUAAAUUGAUGGAUCAAUACAAAAAUGCAAACCCCGCCACAAGAGGGCUAAAAAUAAUUGAUUUGGGCAGUGGAGAUGGAAGAGUUGUAAGUAAAUUUAUUUUUUUUUUUUUUUGGUUCAGAUUUUGA